AUAUUAUUCCGAUAAACGAGGUGGCUCCCCGGGGAUAUUGCUCGCAACAGUCCCGUGCAAGUAUUAUUCGCAUUGGGUCCGGGCAAUGGAGGUGUAACUACUGUGUCCGAGAAGAGAGAGACCGCGAAGCAGACGACGGUUGUCUGCUUCUUGGAGUGGCAAGGAUAAGUGGAGAGAGAGAAGCACAAACGGCAGCGUGUUCCAUAUCUCCGCUCAACGAGAAGGACUUCAGGAUGAAACCAGCUGAUCGCGCAAGGAGCGAAUGCUGAGGACCUCAAGUCGACGAGACUGAAGCUCCCUUGUUUGUUCCGUUUUUCAAAUCCCCGCGUAAGUAGGAGUUCUCCCGUUUGAUUGAGCUUGCUGACGGAUGAGACUUCACCGCGCCUAGUGAAUCGUGAACUUCGUGUGUGCGUAGCGUGGAGUGCCUCUAAUUCCAGAAUGGAGCUGUCUAUCUGGAGAGGAGAAUGGGGCUUGGGAUCUGUGAGUAUUGAAUGCUUGGAGGCCUUGGUCUACUCGAAGAUCGUCCAAGCCGUACAGAAGAUUCAUGUGAGGAAGUACGUCUUCUCGUCGGACAUGUCUCCGUGGCUUUGGGUCAGCUCCUCGGGGAAAAGUGUCGUCGGAGCAUCGUCGAUAAUCUCGUAUUUGAAAAGCGAAAACUUGGACGCCGACUGCAACUUGACUCAGAAAGAGCGAGCGGAUAUUCUCGCCUACAAGAAUAUGAUCAAGUACAAAAUAGCCCCCGCCCUGAAGUAUGCCAUGUGGUGCGAUGAGCGCAACUACUGCGAGGUGAUCCGACCAACUUUCGCGAAAAUAUACACUUUCCCGUCGAAUUAUUCGAUGCCUGGGCGAUUGCAGAGAGCGGCAUUGCUCGAAGCGUGGGGACGAUUCGGAGAGUGCGCAACGCCUAAUGAAAUGGAGACAAAAUUAAAUAGAAAAGCCAGGGAGUGCAUGACGGCAUUGUCUGAGCGAUUGGGGAAAUCUUCAUAUUUUUUCGGCAGUAAGCCAACUUCUUUCGAUGCUUACGUUUUCGCAUAUUUGUCCUUGAUAGUGAAGACGCCGCUGCCCAAUGCUAGCCUCAAUGGACACCUCAAUACAUUUUCAAAUCUAGUGGAAUUCGAGAGUCGGAUCCAUAAUAGGUUCGUCGCGUCCGAGGUUCGGAGGAGAGCUGCCGGUAGAACGAGACCCGAGUGGGUCGGAGUCGUCCUAUCGCUAUCUUUCGCAGCCAGCGUGAUGUUCUCCUAUGCCAUCGUGAAAGGAAUCCUUCAUAUAGACUUCAAGACAGAAUGAACUCGCCAGCAUGGAAUAAAUAUUUUUAAACAAGAUAGACAUUUCCAGUACCUUAUAGAGAUGCGUGAGCUUGGUCGCCAUGCAGCCUUCGAUCGGAUGCUCGAAGCUCCGUGUAGAGUGUUAGAGGCCCCAGGCGCGAUAUAAAUGAAGUAUUCUUCUCAAACUCUACAUACGAAUACACUUGAAUCGCACUGAAUGAGAGAAAUGGAGAGGUUGUUCAAGUUGGAAAUAAAUGUAU